UUUUUUUUUGGUUUUUUUUUGAUAUUAAAAAUUUCAAUCAUCAUUUUAACCGUGUAAAAAAUGCGUGUUGAAAAAUGUUAUUUUUGUUCAUCGCCCCUUUAUCCGGGUCAUGGUAUUCAAUUUGUACGCAAUGAUUGUAAGGUAUUCAAAUUUUGUCAAUCAAAAUGUCAUAAAAAUUUCAAACAUAAAUGUAAUCCACGACGAAAACGAUGGACAAAAUCAUUUCGUAAAUCGAAUGGUAAAGAAUUGGCCAUUGAUUCGACGUUUGAAUUUGAGAAACGACGAAAUGUUCCUGUUAAAUAUUCACGUGAAUUAUGGUCCAAAACAUUGGAAGCAAUGAAACAGGUGGAUCAAAUCCGUCUGAAACGUGAAUCACAUUUUAUUAGACAACGACAAAUGAAAGCAACAAUGUUUGAACGUGAAAAAGAUCGUCGUGAAGUAACACGUGAUAUUGCAUUAAUACGUUCGGCUAAUGCUGGAUUACGAAUACCGAAAAAAUCCAAAGUUAAAGUGAUUAAAAGUACCGAUAUUGAAGAUGAUGAAAUGUUGUUAGAUGAACAAGAACGACCACAACAAUUGGCAUCUGAUGAUGAAGAUGAAGAAAUGGAAAGCGAAGAUGAACAACAACAGCAACAACAAGCCAUAUUAAAUGAAUCAUAAAAUGAAACCUUAUCAAACAUUGCAUAGGAAGAACGUAAUUUUCAUCUCAGUUAUUUUGUUUCAAUUCAUUAAUCAUAAACUUUUCAAUAAAAAAAAAAAGAAAAUUCA